UGUUCCUUUUGUUCAGUGAUUUGCCUGCAGAGCUGUCUGUGUGAGGCACAGCCCCAAUUGUUCGCAUACGUUGUAAACGACUUGGAAUCUAAAUGUGAAUGGAUGUCCGGACCUUUCGAAGUUAUUUAUGUUGCAAAUGAUCCCAACAUUGAUUUGAUCCAAGUUCAAAUAAAACCGGAGGCCGGAGUGGAAAGAAUUGGUAUCUUUGGCAAACAAUUUGACAAUAAAGCAAUAGACAAAGCAUUUGACUACAUACCGGAUGAUGAGGAUGCAGAUCCAGAUCUGGUACUGAUUCCCUACAAUGACUUCAACAAGGUUUCACCGCACAUUAUGAAGUAUUGCGACGGUUUAAUGUAUUGUGGCGGAGCAAAGGAAUGGAAUGUCCAGUCAAACAAGUGUUUCUUUACCAAGAUUGGAUGGACCUCGUGGGAUGCAAUGCCCUCGUUACCUUUUAAACAUGGCAUGGGAGCAUCCACGGUUGUUGGCGGAACUCCUUUUCUAGGAGGAGGACUCAAUGGCGCGUAUAUCAUAAAAAAGACCCAUCUUUUCGUGAAUGGUUCGUGGAUGGAAGGUGCCCCAAUGCCUAGAGGGCCCUUUCGCCACACAAUGGUGGCUGUUUCAAACGACGAGGCCUUGGUUUUGGGCAUGGCCAAAAUACCAGAAUUUCGUUCUUACGCCAACACUUUCAUCUACAACAAGGUUGCCAAUGAAUGGACGCCGUCGGGUGAUCUGUCUGUGGCUAGAACAAACAUCGCAGCAGGUCUGGUGGAGGUUGGACCGGGGAUUCAAGUGGUGGUGGCUGUAGGAGGUCGGCAACCUUUUUCUGACUUGGUGGAGAUAUUUCAUGUCCAUAACAGAACGUGGUCGAUCGCUCCCCAUCGGUUUCCUUACCAAGUUUCAAAUGGUUGUUUGUCUGUUGUGAAGAGGCUAACUCGCCUUUUUUAUCUGGGAGGCUUGGCUGCCAAUGGAACCGCAAUGAAGGCAGUCCAUGAGUAUGUCCACAAUGGAGCAUGGAUUCGAAGGCAUGAUAUGAAAGAACCUAUGCUUGAUUUUGGGGUUCUAAGUUAUAAUAACUUCUUUGGAGCUUAAAUCUCCUAUGGGAAUUACCUUGAAAGUAGGCAACCUUUUUCGCAAAUCUUGGAGAAAGAAGACGACUGACAUGUCAUAUAUAGUGAUAAUUCCCCCCAUCCACCCCAAUACCCAUGUUUUUGCACUAUCUUUAGCAAAUGCCAAUAAACAUGAGAGCUCGGA